UCGGUGUUUCCCGAAAGAGCUGCAAAGAACUGGGUUUGUCAUUGCUGAUCCUGGGUGAGCCUAAUCAGGAUAAAGGAAGGCAUCGCAGCCAUGACGCCAUGGGCUGUAGUCCUACAAAAUUCGUCAGAACAGAAGGGCAACCAACUGGUGAGGAGGCUGGCGAAGAUAGCAACGCCACGGUAUCCGGGGAUAACUCACAAUGUCUCGUGGAAUCUGCAGCAAUCAGAACUAUAUCAAAUUCGGUGACGGCAAGAAGUGCCAGAAGUCAAGCCAUCGAAAGGCUCAGCAAGCUUUUCCCAACCGUGCCCAUUCGACUUCAAAGAGAAAGGUCAGCAAGCCAAAUUGAAUUCUUCAGGGAAUUAGACGAGAAAAUAAAUAAGGGUCCCGAUCUUCCGUUGGACGAUGCAGGCUCCACAUGCACUCUGCUGGCAACAUGACUGUCCAAGCGGCGCCAUUACAGACUAAAAAGACAUUUAUUUAAUUUCAUAUAAGAAACUUCAAAGACUCGGGACGCAAAAUUAUAAACGCCACAACUGGACAUUACAUGCUGCGACAAAUUUCCGGAGCUUCAACGAAACUCAUAGUUUCGGAUUCUCGAAGAGCAGGUGACAUCAUCACGAGCUGUGGCCGUGACACCUAGCGACAGCCUGUGUACCUUUGUUGUCUCCGCUCCAUAAGCUCGGCGUUUCGGGCCUUCGAAACUCACGAUCGCGCCCAUCUGAUAAGCCGUGAUGUCGGGCCCUGCUACGAACUCACGUGAAGGUCGACAUGGCGUAUCAGUGAGUUCGAUCAUGCCGUAUAUUAGAGCACUCACCGGAUAACGUCACACUUGUAAACAGAGCAAGUGUGAUGCUAUCUGGUGGGUGCGCCAAAUAUGCGGCAUGAUCGAGCUCAACGAUAAAAGACUGCCAACAGCAGCGGUGACGGGACGGAAAUCCCCAUUUGACGAAAAAUGUUGCCUGAUAGGGGCGCACAUUAUGACGUCAUUCUUCUGGUAACUAAACAUCAUAAUUUUGUGACACUUGGACGUCCCACAGGGAAGCAAUUAAUAUUGUUCCAGGAAAUGUGCAAACAUCUCGGCAUAUAGCCAAGACACGCACGACACCGCUACAUCCACAGUCGGACGGAAUGGUCGAAAAAUUCAACCGCACAAUCCCGCAACAUAUGAGCCUUUUCGUUUCCUAUAAUCAACGAAACUGGCACGGACUCAUCCCUCUUUUCCUUUUAUCCUACCGAACAGCGCCGCAUGAAGCCACACGGAAAACUCCAGCCAUGAUGCUCACCGGGAGGAACUUGCGCCUCCCCAAUGACUUAGCACUUGGUUCAAAGCCGGAUGCUGAAAUUGACGUUCCCACCUACCUCCAGAGCCUGCGCUCCCGCUUGGAAACGGUGCAUAACUUCGCGAGAGCGCAACUACAACAGGCAUUCACACGCAUGGAAACUCGUUACGACCUGAGAGCGUCAGAUACAGGUUUCUCGGAAGGCCAGUCGAUGUGGCUCUACAACCCAGUCCGAAAACGCGAACUUUCGCCAAAGCCUCAGCUGCCCUGGUAUGGACCCUACGUCAUAACCAAGCGUCUGAACGACGUUGUGUACCGCGUAAGGCGUUCUGGACGUUCCCGGCCUAUUGUCGUUCACGUUGACCGCCUAGCCCCGUAUCGCGGACACUUGGCUUCCACAGACACACAUCAACUCUCGU